AUGAGAAAACCACCAUUUGAGCAUUGUUUGGAUUGCCCAAUCAUUAUUAAAUUGAUGGAUGCAUGCCCUCUCUCCCCCUUCUGGCAAAUAUUCCAGGAAGAGGGAUUUGGUGGUUUGGCAGAUGCAACACUACUUUAUGAAUUAUUUAUGGUCAUUAUUUCUUUGGUGCCUUGGAUUAGUGGAUUGAUUUUAGGAAUAUUGCUACUGAAGAGAAGAGACAUGAGAUCUCUCAUUCGUGCAGGAACUCAUUUGUGUGCUCAUAUAACUUGUGAUGUUGUCAAGGUUGUUUAUUUCAAAGAAGACAGGCCGGAUGGUUCAUGCUCUUUGAAGUAUGGAUUGCCAUCCUGUCAUUCAAUAUUCGCAGGAUUAUAUACAAGCUGGGUUUUGAUUGAAAUAUUGGUUAUUGGAAUGAAAUUAAAAACAAGACAUAUAAUUGCAGUGAUCUCUAUGCUCAUUGUCCCAUACUCAAGGAUUUAUUUAAUUUAUCAUACGCUGAAGCAAUGUAUUUAUGGUUGGACCAUCGGAUUUGGGUUUGCAGUGGUGGGAUUGACAUUGCAUCAUCAAUGCAAGAAAAGAAGAAAGAAUAAAUAGGUUAAGGCCAAACAAUGA